AAAGGAUAUGAAACUCAGGUCGGGAGAGCCGGUUUAUCAAUGACAGAGGAGCAGAAAAUAAAACUUUCGAUUGCUAGAGCUGUGCUUUUGAACCCAACAAUUCUUCUGCUAGAUGAAGUAACUGGAGGACUAGACUUCGAAGCUGAAAGAAUUGUUCAGGAGGCUCUCGAUCUUCUGAUGUUGGGACGGUCAACGAUAAUAAUAGCCCGACGAUUAAGUUUGAUUAGAAAUGCUGACUAUAUUGCCGUGAUGGAGGAAGGUCAGCUCGUUGAAAUGGGUACACACGAUGAAUUGAUAAAUCUUGGUGGGCUGUAUGCUGAGCUUCUGAAGUGUGAAGAAGCAACAAAGCUUCCAAGAAGGAUGCCAGUUAGGAACUACAAGGAGUCUGCGGUGUUUCAGGUUGAGAGAGACUCGUCAGCUGACUGUGGCAUCCAAGAACCAUCAUCACCCAAAAUGAUCAAGUCUCCAUCUCUUCAGAGAGGUAAUGGUGUGUUCCGUCCCCAGGACCUGUGUUUUAAUACUGAAGAAUCACCUAAUGAUCAUAGCCCUGCACCUGAGAAAGUGGGGGAAAAUGGCUUGCCUCUGGACGAUGCUGAUAAAGAGCCAACUAUCAAAAGGCAAGAUAGUUUCGAGAUGAGGUUACCAGAACUUCCUAAAAUUGAUGUUCAGUGUCCCCGUCAAAAAUCAAACGGUUCAGAUCCUGAGUCCCCUGUUUCACCCCUUUUAACAUCCGAUCCUAAAAACGAGCGUUCUCAUUCACAGACGUUUAGUCGUCCUCUUAGUUUUUCUGAUGACACUACAGCAAAUGGUAAGUGGGCUAAGGAUGCUCAACACAAGAAGUCACCUUCAUUUUGGAGGUUGGCACAGCUUAGUUUCCCAGAGUGGCUUUAUGCUGUAUUAGGGAGUCUUGGUGCUGCCAUCUUUGGCUCUUUCAAUCCUCUUCUGGCUUAUGUCAUUGCGUUGGUAGUGACAGAAUAUUAUAAAAGCAAAGGAGGCCACCUGCGCGAGGAGGUUGACAAAUGGUGUUUAAUCAUUGCCUGCAUGGGGAUUGUGACAGUUGUUGCCAAUUUCUUGCAGCACUUCUAUUUUGGCAUAAUGGGGGAGAAAAUGACGGAGAGAGUUCGGAGGAUGAUGUUCUCAGCAAUGCUGCGUAAUGAAGUUGGAUGGUUCGAUGAUGAAGAGAACAGUCCAGAUACGUUAUCCAUGCGUUUAGCAAAUGAUGCUACUUUUGUCCGAGCUGCCUUCAGCAACAGGCUUUCAAUAUUUAUUCAAGAUAGUUUUGCCGUUAUUGUUGCUCUUCUUAUUGGGUUGCUGCUUGGUUGGCGUUUGGCCCUUGUUGCAUUGGCAACUUUGCCAAUUCUCACACUUUCUGCCAUUGCUCAGAAACUGUGGCUUGGCGGAUUCUCAAAAGGCAUACAGGAGAUGCAUAGAAAGGCAUCUUUAGUCCUCGAGGAUGCUGUUAGAAACAUCUACACUGUUGUUGCUUUCUGUGCUGGUAACAAAGUGAUGGAACUGUACAGGAUGCAGCUCCAGCGGAUACUCAGACAGAGCUUUCUCCAUGGGAUGGUCAUUGGUUUUGCGUUUGGUUUCUCACAGUUUCUUCUUUUCGCCUGCAAUGCGCUCCUCCUAUGGUGCACUGCGUUAUCUGUUAACCGCGGAUAUAUGAAAUUAUCCACAGCUAUAACAGAGUACAUGGUUUUCUCAUUUGCUACAUUUGCCCUUGUCGAGCCAUUUGGAUUAGCACCGUACAUCCUCAAGCGACGUAAGUCUCUCAUUUCAGUUUUUGAGAUCAUAGAUCGAGUCCCUACAAUUGAACCAGAUGAUAACUCUGCUCUCAAACCGCCUAAUGUCUACGGAAGCAUUGAACUGAGGAACAUCGACUUCUGCUACCCAACUCGACCCGAGGUACUUGUGCUGAGCAACUUCAGUCUGAAAAUCAGUGGCGGACAGACCGUAGCUGUGGUUGGCGUUUCGGGUUCUGGAAAAAGCACAAUAAUCUCACUAGUAGAGAGAUACUACGACCCAGUUGCUGGUCAAGUCCUACUAGAUGGGAGAGACUUGAAGUUGUAUAAUUUGAGAUGGUUGAGAAGCCACAUGGGUUUGGUUCAGCAAGAACCCAUAAUCUUUUCCACAACAAUCAGAGAGAAUAUCAUAUAUGCAAGACAUAAUGCGAGUGAAGCUGAGAUGAAGGAAGCAGCAAGAAUUGCAAAUGCUCACCAUUUCAUCAGCAGCUUACCUCACGGUUACGACACACAUAUCGGGAUGAGAGGCGUGGAACUUACCCCGGGACAGAAACAGAGAAUAGCGAUAGCGCGGGUAGUGCUGAAGAAUGCUCCCAUCAUCUUAAUAGAUGAAGCAAGCUCGUCUAUCGAAUCUGAAUCGAGCCGGGUUGUGCAGGAGGCUCUUGACACAUUGAUAAUGGGGAACAAAACAACGAUUCUAAUAGCACAUAGAGCGGCUAUGAUGAGACAUGUGGAUAACAUUGUGGUUCUCAAUGGAGGGAGGAUAGUAGAGGAAGGUACACAUGAUUCUUUAACAGCAAAGAAUGGAUUGUAUGUCCGUUUGAUGCAACCACAUUUCGGUAAAGGUUUACGCCAACAUCGACUAAUAUAGAGUUUGAGGCUCUCUCGAUGAUAGAAAUGAUUUUGGCAUCUCUGAUCAAUAAUUCCCGGGAGGGACAGCUAAAUGCUAAAAAGGAUUUAUACAACCACGGUUAGUUCUGUAGCAGAUAGUGCCUGUAGAUGUAGAUUUCCAUGGUGUUCGACCUGCGUAUUCUUUUUUUGGAGACGAAGCUUCAGAAGUAGGUCAUGGUCAUUGCUUCGUUCUCCAAGGUACUGUAUAUCGAUUUUGUUCAUUGAAUCCGAAGAUUUUAGAAGGGUUGGUAAAUCAUUCGGGAAAAUGUUUAUUUUGUCUUUUCCUUUAUUUUUUGUGCUGGUUUGAUCUUGUAAAAACUUUAAUGAUGUAUGUAAAGUUUCUAAAGUGGUAGAGAAUGUGUAAAUGUAUUCA